CGGGGGGUUUAACGCGAGAAACGACGGCUAAGGCACACAUUUCUCUCUCUGCUCGGGUGAUGGUGUUUUCAUAUAUCUUGGCAUCAACAAAACAAUCGGAGUGAGCCACCGAUUAUAAUCGGUGCCUGCUCCGUCUCUUCCUUAAGAUUCUAAUUCCAACGAUGACUUCAGUGGGUGUAGCACCUACUUCUGGCUUGGGGAAAUCCAGCAGCCAUGCAGCGGGGGUUGAUACAUUGCCUGAGGAGAUGAAUGACAUGAAAAUCGGGGAUGACAAGGAGGUGGAAGCGACUGUUGUUGAUGGUAAUGGGACUGAGACAGGACACAUAAUAGUAACUACUAUUGGUGGUCGAAAUGGCCAACCAAAGCAGACAAUCAGUUACAUGGCUGAACGAGUUGUUGGUCACGGAUCAUUUGGAGUAGUGUUCCAGGCUAAAUGCUUGGAGACAGGCGAAACAGUUGCGAUAAAGAAAGUUCUUCAAGAUAAGAGGUAUAAGAACCGAGAGUUGCAAACCAUGCGUCUUCUUGACCACCCAAAUGUUGUCUCUUUGAAGCAUUGCUUCUUCUCUACAACUGAAAAGGACGAAUUAUAUCUUAACCUGGUACUCGAGUAUGUCCCUGAAACUGUUCAUCGUGUUAUCAAACACUACAACAAGCUGAGCCAAAGGAUGCUACUGAUAUAUGUAAAGCUUUACACUUACCAGAUUUUCAGAGCAUUAUCAUAUAUCCAUCGUGGUGUUGGAGUGUGCCACAGGGACAUCAAGCCUCAAAAUUUGUUGGUGAAUCCGCAUACGCACCAGGUUAAAUUGUGUGAUUUUGGAAGUGCCAAAGUUUUGGUCAAAGGGGAGCCCAAUAUCUCUUAUAUCUGCUCUAGGUAUUAUAGAGCACCUGAGCUUAUUUUUGGAGCGACAGAGUAUACUACAGCUAUAGACAUUUGGUCCGUUGGCUGUGUGCUUGCUGAGCUAAUCCUACGACAGCCUUUGUUUCCUGGUGAGAGUGGAGUGGACCAGCUUGUAGAGAUUAUUAAGGUUUUGGGUACUCCAACCAGGGAAGAAAUAAAAUGCAUGAAUCCUAACUAUACUGAGUUCAAAUUUCCACAAAUCAAAGCGCAUCCUUGGCACAAGAUAUUCCAUAAACACAUGCCUCCGGCAGCUGUUGAUCUUGUUUCGAGACUGCUGCAGUACUCUCCUAGUUUACGUUGCACAGCUCUGGAUGCCUUGACUCAUCCCUUUUUUGAUGAGCUACGCGAUCCAAACACACGCCUCCCAAAUGGCCGUUCGCUUCCUCCAUUGUUCAAUUUCAAGCCUCAUGAGUUGAAGGGCGUGCCAAUUGAGACCCUGCUGAAGUUAAUUCCCGAGCAUGCCAGAAAGCAAUGCCCCUUCCUGGGGUUAUGAACCUUCAAAAUAUGCUUCAUUGACAGCUUGAUAGUCUGUGGCAAAACCAUGUUGCACCACUAUUUACAUCAGAAUGUAGCUGAAAAUAAAAUAUCGAGACAAUGAAGAAUCUCAGUCAAGUAGGAAAGAUAAUGAAUUGUCAUCAUUUGAGAUUCAAAUUGUCCAGAGUUGAGAAGCAAGAAUGAGAGUAAGAAUACGUGCCUGUUUAGUCGUCAUUUUUUGCCCGGAGAAUUCAUUUUUUACCGUCGAAGUGUGCCCACUUUCCUGUAAAAAAAAGGACGCCCAUAUCAUUUGACUAUUUGAGGCCCCGCUUGGUACCUAUUUUUGUAAGAAUGAGAAUAAAAAAUAUAGUCGUUACGAGACCCACACAAGAGAUAGAAAGUCAAAUAUUAUGGCUUGAUGUGAUGGAUAACAAUCAUAUUUUUUUAUUUUUAUUGCCAAAGAAUUGGAAUGAAAAGGGGCUAAAUGUGAUUUGAUGUUGUCAAUUACCAUUUCUAUCAUUCA